GAUCUACGACCUCAACGAGAGACCAGUGUCAAACAUCCAAGGCUUCUCUGGUCCUCAGUAGCAUUUGCAUUUAUGGGUUGCUGCAGACCUUUUCUGAGUUGUGAAAAAGAUAAGCCACAUCCUCCUCACCUAAGCGUUGGACAGAGCCCACUGAGGAUGGAUGGUGCAGCCCAGGGUGACUCAUUCUUUGUGUCUUGCAGAUCAUUUGAUUUUCUUGCUCUUUUACUUUGUGCAAAGAGUUGAAGCUGUUUUAAUCAAGAAAUUCCACAAAAGACCUUUAGGAAAGUAUUCUUUCUUAACACAUGAAGACUCGAUGGUAGAGUGAACUUUGGGAUGCAAUGACUUAAUUGUGUAAUUCUGUAGCCCCUGGAAAGAUACUACUAAGGCUUGUGAGAAAGGUGAACUAUCACAGCUGUAUUGUAUGUAGAAAUAUACUAGUCUUAUUGAAAAUGAAAUUUGGGAUGUUUUGUUUGUAUGACUGACAAAAACAGUAGUAACAAUUCUUAACUUUAAUUUCCAUUUUUCUCAUUCUUUGCUACUUUGAGCCUUACACAUAAUGUUAAGCUUUCAAGAUUGUAAUAAGAUAUGUGCCCAAGGUAACAACUUACAAACUGGGCACAGUACUAUUACACCUUAGUUAAUGUCUCCUUAAUAUCUCCAGUAGGAUCUGGAAUUUGAAGCAAAUAUAUAGUUUCCCACACAUCGGUAGGAUAUCAUUCUGGCAGAUGUGUCUUACUAUAAAAACAUGGAUAUAAUACUAAGUUUUUUUUAAAUUUAAUCUGUACAUCCCCAUGUUUUUAAAAUGUAGAAUAUUCAAUUAAUCUGGGUAAGUCCAUAUGAUUUUAUAUGUUUGUUUGUUUGUUUGUUUAUUGUUUUUGAGACUGGGUCUCUUUGUGUAGCCUUUGCUAUCCUGAAGCUAGCUAUGUAGAAGGCCAGGCUGGCCUUGAAUUCCCAGAGAUCUACCUGCCUCUGUCUUCCUGGUGUCCGGAUGGAAGGCAUGUGUCACUAUGCCUGGAAUACCAUGGCACACUAUGCCUGGCAACAAUUUCGUCUUUGCAUUGGGGGUUUUCAAAAGAAAAUUAUUAGUUGCCUUUCUAGAAAAAAAUAUUAAAGAACUGAGAGUGAAAGCCUGAGAGAAGGGGUAAGGUGAAUUCAAUUCGGGUGAAUCAUUUAACCUCAACUUGUAAUUUCUUUAUUUGUAAAUUGAAAAUAGUCUUGAUAAAUUAAUUCACAGACCACAAUGUGCUGAUGUGUUUGAUCAUACUUUGUUAAAUUUUAUUCCACCUUGUCUUUUGUUGGUGGUUUGAUUCCUUGUUCAAUGCCCUUUUGUGAAACAAGCACAGGCUGUUUUAAUUAAAGAACCUUGGAUGCAGCGAGCCACUGAUAUGUCACUUACCUGAGUAAAAUCAGAAUUCUUCUAAGAAGGAAGUAGGGCACAGCUAGCAGUUGACAUUCUUUGUCCUCCUGCUCUUAUUAUACAAGAUAGUCACUGAAAAUUUAAGUGAAAAUUAGUUGGGUUUUAAAAGGAGUGCAGCCAUUAAAAGGGAUAUGUACACACGAAUAUACAACUUUUUUUUCUAAAACAAGGUCUCGCUAUAUAGCCCUGACUGGUCUGGAACUCACUAAGUAAGCGUGAACUUAAACAGUAUUAUAUGUAAAUAUAAUGUAGACUUAUUUUGCCAGUGUUCAUUUUGAAAUUUCUGAUUCAUUUCAGUGGAAAAAAAUUAACUUUCCUGUGGUUCUGACUUAAUAAUCAUUUAUCUCAAAACAUUAGCAAAUUCCAUUGAGACAUGACAUUAGUUAAAGUUAGUUAUCACUUACUAUAACAGGUAAAUAUGACUUAGUUAAGUCUUUAAAAUGGUGUUUGAUUAUCUGGCUUCCUACCUUACAUUCAGUGGUUUUGCAAUCCUUGGGUCUACCUCAAUAAACUGCCCACAUGGCUCUCUCAAAAUACACUGCUAAUAGACUGAAUGGGCAUUACCAGUAGAGUACAUGACUGGUAUGUGUGGGGCCCUGGGUUUUCUCUCCAGCAUUGCUAGAAAAUAGUAGUCUAAACUUGAAUCAUUCAUGGGGUGGGGGGAAUAAAAACACAAAAGAAAUAAUUGAGAAUCUAUCAAGAGAGGAUUUGUGCUAAGACCAGCCCAAACUCAUAAAGCAUAAGACUGGAAGAACUUACUUAGGUCUAGAGCUAAGCUCUCAAAGUAUAGUGAAGACAUUCCCUAGAUCUACACCACUGGAGUCUCUAGAGAGCCAAGCCAUGGCUGCAAGAUUCAGGAGGCCUAGCCAAGUAGGAGAAAUAACCAGGUAGAACUCAUAAGGUUGAAAUCAUACACUUAAAUUGGCAUAUUUCUGGACAUGGUUGUAUUGGCGGUGAACAUUUUUUGUGUGUUUCUUAAACUUUUUUUUUUUUUGCAUAUGAGUGUUUUGCCUACUUGUAUAUAAGUAUACCACAUGUGUGCUUGAUAAAGCUCGGAUCCCUGGGAAGUAGAGUUUCACAUGGUUGUGAACUGCCACGUGGGUGCUGGGAAUCAAACCCAGGUCAUCUGCAAAAGCAGCAAGCACUCUUAACUACUAAGUCAUCCCUCUUCCAUCACCACCCACACUUUUCUGUUUGCUUUUUUCCCUCUAUAUAACAGGGACUCAUUGUGUAGCCCUGACUGCACUGGAACUACUAAGUAAACUUGAACUCAAAUGAGAUCACCUGCCUCUGUCUCCCUCAAGCGCUGGGAUUAAGGAGUAUACCAUUCACUCCCAUAAAACAUACUCAUCUUGCAUCAUUUUUAGAACUGUUAACUGUAUCUCAGAGCAUGAGUGAAUUAUAACACCUCUCUGUACAUACAAAUUGUUAUACAUGCCUUUGUUACUCUGUCACAUUACCAGGGACAUCACUGUGCAUAACUUUGUCAGUGUCCUAGGUUUGAUUCCUCAGAAUACAUAGCUGUGGAGUUAAGGUGUAAUUCUUUCAAAACAUAAUUUUGUUAUGAAUGUAAUUUGUGUUUAUUAUAGGAAAUGUAAUUUUUAAAAAAUGUAAAGAGUCAGGAAUGGUGAACUACAGCUGUAAUCCCAAAACUCCAUAAACUGAUGCAAGAGGAUCACAAAUCUUAAGCCAGCCUAGGCACACACAAGACACUGACUUAACAAAAGUAUAAAGAAAGGAAAAAUUUGUCCUACAAUGUAAAUAAAUUGGUGGUGAAUAUUUUGGUGUCUUUCUCUAUGUUUUUUUUUAUAUUGAAUUGCCAUAUAAUCAAUUUUAUACUUUAUAAUUUGUCAAACUACAUCCUUUAUUAUUUAACAACUAAAUAGUUCCUCUUUUAAAAAAUUGUUUUACCACUUAACAGUUGUUUGCCAUGUGUUUAAUUCUGCUAGGCACUGAGAAUAGUGGCCAAACAGGUUGGUUUUGGUUGUUGUUGUUAUUGUUGUUGCUUGCUUUGUUUUGUUUUGUUUUGCCUUUCUACAGUUCAUUAGAAACAAUUUUGCAAUAACCAUUUGAGGAGAGGUGUACAGGCUCAGUAAACAUCUCAUAACAGGAAGACUUAAGAUGGAUUCCCCCAGGAAAUGAGAGUACUUGGACACUUGGCAGACAGGAAACCUUACUGACUAGGGUUUAAAAGAAUGUGGCUGAAUAGAGAGGGGUAUAUGGUGAGAUGAGGAAGAUUGGGCAGUUUCUCAUGCCCCAAAACAUCUACAGGAAAGGAGGAAUCAGGCCUGGAACACUUAUUAAUGUUAACACCUUCUGUUUCCACACUAGUCCAUUCUCGGUCUCAUAGACUGUCAGUAGGGACUUGUUGGGUAGUCUCAAUUCAGUGUAUAAGUGCUAAUUCAACAUAUAAGCAAGUAGCACUCUGGGGCUGUUUUGCACUUUGUUUCCUUGGGGAUGGCAGAGCCCUUAAGGACAGCCUUUACUUCAAGGGGAAAUGAUCAUUGUAGUUAUACCCCUUUUAAUUAUGCAUCAUAUUAGAAGUGGUUUGGUUUUUGUUUUGUUUUUUGUAAUGUGGAAAUACAUCUGUGUACACCGGCCCAGUGACACAGUGGGUUCUCAGAGUCCUGGUGUUUAUAAACAUAAACAACAGAGCUAACUGUAGCCACAGCCAUGAAGCAGGCAAAUGUAUUUUCAUGUGUUAUUUUCUCAUAAAAUUCCUUGUCAGUCCCAAGAUGGGCUGUUAUUUCCUUUCACAGAUGAGGAAAUGGAGGCUUAAGUAAGUUCCUUAAAGUCACGAGGCAACUGAGUUAAGAGUUCAUACCUCAGGAAGAUCUUUGUUCUGCACUGCCUUACUGGUUCCUGCUAGCACGCUUCCAGUGCCUUCCUCCCUCUUCAGCCUUCACUCUUCCAUCUGAGCUGCCUCCUCUCUUUGCCCCUACCCCACUACUAUUCAUCUUGCUAGGCAGUGCCUGAGACAUGGAAAAGAUCAUUUGAUGUGUCCAUCAGAUACCAGUUGUACUGUUAUCCUGGUGUCCUCUAGGAAGACUCUGUACAGUGUAGGAGAUUUGCUUACCCAAGCAUUCUGCCACAGGCCACUAGACAAGAUUAUAGGCACCCUAUGCUUGUGAGUUAUUGUCUAUUCCUUGAAUAACUCAAGAUAACGUGUCUGCAACUUGUAGACCUGUAAGUUCCUAAUGACAGAAAACUUCUCACCUAAACUAUCCAAAACCUUUAACACAGAGUUAGAGGAUUCCCAGAACCAGGCCUGAUAAGUAGUGGUGCCUCUGUACUUCUUGAUACUAUUAAAUGUCUUAGGUUUUCUCCCAGAGUGAAGCACACUGCAGCCAUGUCUUCCACUGUGCACGGAGUGUUUCCUUGGAGAUGACAGAGCCUUCAGGAAGAGCCUUUACUUCAUGAGUGAUGACUAUCAUAGUUUGAUGCCUUUUAAAGACAUCACCUCAGAGAUGUUCUUUGUGUACUUCUUAGGUCUCCUGGAUUUUCUUUUUGGUCAUUACUUCAUCUUUUAGGUUCUCACUAAAGUGUACUGUAACCCAUAAACUACUCUUUCCUUGUAUUUAACCUUCCAUCCUUUGGAGUUUUCUACCUUCUUUUCACAGCAUUCAGAGAUGGAAUGAACUUGGCUUGUGUUGAAUGGGCACUGUGUAUAGUGAGUAACCUCGUAUGUGUGGGUGACCAAGAAGAUGUUGAACUCAGCAAAGCUGUGGUAUUCAUCCUGGCACUGAGGCUGCUCCAUACCUACCCACUAGGGUACUCUCCUUCAAGUCCUCAUCCUGAGGAACACUGAAUGCCACUCAGUAGAGAUAGGCAGAUCCCAGGAGUCAUCAUCCUUUUCCCAUCUUCCUGUUCAGCAUUAUUGUUUUUAUAUUCUUCCAGUCCCUACCUUUACUCGUAAUUACUUAAGACAUAUAUAUAUUUCCCAAUAUUAUUCAACAGACUAAUUACCUGAUGUUCUUACCCAGUGCUUGUUACUGCUGUUUGUUAUAUAUAGAGAGAGUCUAGCUCAUAAGGAAUGUUUUAUUUUGUUUUUAUACUUUUGGGAAGGAAACUUAUGUCUAAUGUGCUUAACAUUAUAAUCUAAGAAUAUCAUCAGACUAUGACCUCUUUCUACACAAACAUUCUUAGUUUGGGGAAUCCUGCCCUAAAGAGAACAUCCAGGACCCUCUAAAGACAAAGCCCAAGUUUAUUUGAAGAUGGCUCAGGUUAUAAAUUAACAGAGAAUCGUAUUUUACCUCAUUCCUAAUCCUAGACACAUAUAUUCAUUGGUAGUGACUGCUCCUUAUUUUUUCCAGUCCAUCUUUCCACUGAGAAGUAGUAUCCUGAGGAGGUCCAGGUGAUGAGGAAGGUCUCACUCAAAUCCUCUUGUGUUGCAGACCACCUCCACUCCUAACCUAGGGUCACACUAGUAAAGUUGCUACCCUAAAAGUCAUUACCCCUUGUCCAUUGCCAAGUCUACUUUUUGUCCCUAGAAUUUUUCCUUCCCACUGAACUAAACUAUGAAUUUCAGUGGAUGCUCAAUUCAUGUUAUCUAACACAUGUAGCUUUCUGAUAAAAUGUUUUUGAUUUUUUUCUAGUGUUCCAUGAUGCCAGACAUGAAGCAUCCCCUGUAAUAUAAAUCACAGUCUUCCGUAACUCUUAACUGAACAGCUCAUGUCACAGAUUAUACUUCUCCUCAAGAAAAACAAAGGCACUCCAUAUAUGUGGACACAGCACUAAGCAAGAACCAAAAGUGGUGUGUUGGAGAUUCUGAGCAAUCAAAAUGCAACCAGACAUGUCCUUGGACAAUAUUAAGAUGGCAUCCAGUGACCUGCUGGAGAAGACAGACCUAGACAGCGGAGGCUUCGGGAAGGUGUCCUUGUGUUACCACAGAAGCCAUGGAUUUGUCAUCCUGAAAAAAGUAUACACAGGGCCCAACCGCGCUGAGUACAAUGAGGUUCUCUUGGAAGAGGGGAAGAUGAUGCACAGACUGAGACACAGUCGAGUGGUGAAGCUACUGGGCAUCAUCAUAGAAGAAGGGAACUAUUCGCUGGUGAUGGAGUACAUGGAGAAGGGCAACCUGAUGCACGUGCUAAAGACCCAGAUAGAUGUCCCACUUUCAUUGAAAGGAAGGAUAAUCGUGGAGGCCAUAGAAGGCAUGUGCUACUUACAUGACAAAGGUGUGAUACACAAGGACCUGAAGCCUGAGAAUAUCCUCGUUGAUCGUGACUUUCACAUUAAGAUAGCCGAUCUUGGUGUGGCUUCCUUUAAGACAUGGAGCAAACUGACUAAGGAGAAAGACAACAAGCAGAAAGAAGUGAGCAGCACCACUAAGAAGAACAAUGGUGGUACCCUUUACUACAUGGCACCCGAACACCUGAAUGACAUCAAUGCAAAGCCCACGGAGAAGUCGGACGUGUACAGCUUUGGCAUUGUCCUUUGGGCAAUAUUUGCAAAAAAGGAGCCCUAUGAGAAUGUCAUCUGUACUGAGCAGUUCGUGAUCUGCAUAAAAUCUGGGAACAGGCCAAAUGUAGAGGAAAUCCUUGAGUACUGUCCAAGGGAGAUCAUCAGCCUCAUGGAGCGGUGCUGGCAGGCGAUCCCAGAAGACAGGCCAACAUUUCUUGGCAUUGAAGAAGAAUUUAGGCCUUUUUACUUAAGUCAUUUUGAAGAAUAUGUAGAAGAGGAUGUGGCAAGUUUAAAGAAAGAGUAUCCAGAUCAAAGCCCAGUGCUGCAGAGAAUGUUUUCACUGCAGCAUGACUGUGUACCCUUACCUCCGAGCAGGUCAAAUUCAGAACAACCUGGAUCGCUGCACAGUUCCCAGGGGCUCCAGAUGGGUCCUGUGGAGGAGUCCUGGUUUUCUUCCUCCCCAGAGUACCCACAGGACGAGAAUGAUCGCAGUGUGCAGGCUAAGCUGCAAGAGGAAGCCAGCUAUCAUGCUUUUGGAAUAUUUGCAGAGAAACAGACAAAACCGCAGCCAAGGCAGAAUGAGGCUUACAACAGAGAGGAGGAAAGGAAACGAAGGGUCUCUCAUGACCCCUUUGCACAGCAGAGAGCUCGUGAGAAUAUUAAGAGUGCAGGAGCAAGAGGUCAUUCUGAUCCCAGCACAACGAGUCGUGGAAUUGCAGUGCAACAGCUGUCAUGGCCAGCCACCCAAACAGUUUGGAACAAUGGAUUGUAUAAUCAGCAUGGAUUUGGAACUACAGGUACAGGAGUUUGGUAUCCGCCAAAUCUAAGCCAAAUGUAUAGUACUUAUAAAACUCCAGUGCCAGAGACCAACAUACCGGGAAGCACACCCACCAUGCCAUACUUCUCUGGGCCAGUAGCAGAUGACCUCAUAAAAUAUACUAUAUUCAAUAGUUCUGGUAUUCAGAUUGGAAACCACAAUUAUAUGGAUGUUGGACUGAAUUCACAACCACCAAACAAUACUUGCAAAGAAGAGUCGACUUCCAGACACCAAGCCAUCUUUGAUAACACCACUAGUCUGACUGAUGAACACCUGAACCCUAUCAGGGAAAACCUGGGAAGGCAGUGGAAAAACUGUGCCCGCAAGCUGGGCUUCACUGAGUCUCAGAUCGAUGAAAUCGACCAUGACUAUGAAAGAGAUGGACUGAAAGAGAAAGUUUACCAAAUGCUUCAGAAGUGGCUGAUGCGGGAAGGCACCAAAGGGGCCACAGUGGGAAAGUUGGCCCAGGCACUUCACCAAUGUUGCAGGAUAGACCUGCUGAACCACUUGAUUCGUGCCAGCCAGAGCUAAGCCUGGGCAGGCUCUGGCAGUGGGAAGCAAACUAUUUGUCUGGUGCACAAACCCCGUUUGCCCACUAGCCUUCAGAACUCUAUCUCAGCAUGAGCUCUGCAUUUGAGCACACAGGGUCAUGCAGUUUGGAACUGGUGGAUGGGAAGAGAAAUCUGAAGCCCACAGUGAUUCUUCAGAACAUGCAAGCAUAAAGACCGCUGAAUGAAUGGUCGGUCCAUGACCAGUAGGAGGAAAAAAAUUAAAAAUACAGUGUAUUGAGUUUUCAAAGGGAGAGAAGAUGUUGGGGGAAGGUGGCCUUCGUUCAGCUUGUGUCAUAGUCAUCACUUAGGUUAUUUGCUCAGUUUCCUGUGGUUUCAUUGGGUAAGGGGAAAACAAACAAAAAACAUUCAAAGAAUGUAAAAUCAGCUAGCUUCCCGCUUCAUGGACUGUGAGUCAGAAAAGUUCUGCUCAAAUGCCUUCUAUGAGCCACGGCUCUUCUAAAAACUAUAGGAUCUGUUAACUUGAGCAUCCAAUGCUGUACUGUCACCUUAAGCUUUAAGAAUCAUGUGUAAUUCUAGUCUAUCAAAUUAUCAAUUAGUGAGAGAUUUUUAAGGAGUGCUAAGGAGAAAAAGGUGCAGGGCAGAGAGAGAUCUUCAGGUACUGGCUGUCAUUGCAGCUCAGGUACUGGCUGUCAUUGCAGAGCUGCUGCUGGUUCUGGCUGCUGUAAAAAGUCUACUUUUAAGUUUCUAAAGUUUCUCUACCAUUCUGGCGCUUCAUGCAGUUUCCCACCCUGUGAGCCCCACAGAGGGAACAGAUGUGCAGGAAACACUGAUCGGGAAAUACCAUCUCCUCCUCUCUGGAUAUGACUGGUGCCUUAGCACUGUUCCCUGUGCCCAAUAAACUGUUUCCUCAGUUUUCUCCAGUGUGCUGUACAAAUAUGUUUCUUCUGUGUGCCACCAAUCAAGAAAGGACAGCUUCAGAGUCAUCUUGUGCCUUUAGGAAGCCCAUAUUGCAACCUACAAGUGAGUGAAGGAGCUAGGGUAGAAGACUGAAGCCGCCUACACCAGCCACAGUCACUGUUAGGAUGGGCUGCACAGCCGCUUUGGCCUUGUUGGCCAUUCUGGCACUCAUUGGCACUUCAUCCUCCUUUGUUGGGCUAUCCUGUACUCAGUAGGAUAUUUGGGAACAUUCCUGGCCUCCAUCUGCAAGAUGCCAACAGUACAAGUCAACCUCACAACACCCACCAGGUGUGAGAAAAAUAACUAGAUAUUGCUACAUGUUCUUUGGAGGGACUCUCCUGUAACGUUAUUUCCCCCAUCCCCAGACAAGGUUUCUCAGUUCUCGCUGUCCUGGAACUCACUUUGUAGACCAGAUUGGUCUCCCAAUUCAGAGAUCUGCCUGCCUCUGCCUCCUGAGUGCUGGGAAUAAAGGCAUGUGCCACCACCACCCAGCUUCCUGCUGUAAGUUUAUAUGCCUUACUUCUCCUGUCACACAGGCUAGGCCAUCAUUAACAGCAUGGAACAUGCACAGUGGAAGGGAAUUGGAGCAGGGAAGGUUCCAGGCUUUCCUGAAGGAGCCUGCAUAGUCUUUAAAAAAUGUUUUCUUUUUAACUUCUAAUGCUGUUUUAAGAAGACAGAAUUAGAAACUGCUUCUAGUGGAGUUUUAAGGAGAAUAAAAUAGCAAGGGAGGCCAGAGCUGGUUUUGGAAUUGCAGUAGCAAUCAGGGUCCUAGUAUUAAAAUCAUGUCUGUUAGUGUUCAGUAGGGGAAGACUUGUGUGUCCACUGCUGAAGAUAGGUGCUUCAGAUCCAGGCCUGGAUUGUGACCACAGACUUUCAGAUCUUUUCCAGGCUCACCACUGACAGCCAGACAAUGGCUUGGCACCUCGAGUUGUGGCUGAGCCUGUAUGAGUUGAAGGAUGGUCAGUAGAUGAAGCCGUUUACUCUCAUGGUGUGUGCCCUUGUACAAGAGAUCUGGGCGCGUGACACAAAGCCAGUCAUUGACAGGCUAGACCCAAAGACCUUUAAGCACUCCCAUUUGCUUCCGCUGUAUCACAAUAACUGAUGACUUUGUAGUCAGUGGUACCUGCUCCGAACAAGUACGUGGAGUGUGGGAGUCCCUCUGGGAGCCCAGCGUGGAAUUAGAACACCUCUUUAAAGCCACCUCCUAAGCCGAGCAGAAUGCAGUGGACUGGGGUACAAGUCAGACCUGAGUGUCAUUGUCCACAUCAUGGAAAAACAAGAUGGCCACCAGAACACUGAAGGCCUGAGGAGACUAACCCUGUUCCCAGAACUCAGAGUUCUGUUUGGUUCUGUUUUUAAUAAGAUAACCUUUCUUUAAUGUAUACAUAUGCAUAUACAUAUAUAUUUGUACUUUAAAUACAGAGUACUGAAUAAAAUUUAUGUGACUAUA